CUAAACAUUUUUUAAUCGUUAUUUUCACAGAUCUGGCUACCAUAGUGGAAUCACUUACUCUGGGAGCCGAGAGCAAUAAUUGUAUAGACCUAGCCAACACUUCCUUCACCGACAUGGAGAUGGGACCCACUAGUAUCACUGAUAUUACCAAACCAUAUCCGGCCAAAGAACCACUCCCAGAAUCCAAUAGUCGAGAGUGUGAAGAAACGGAGAGCAAUGACGGACAGUAUGCAGAUCAUCAAAACGAAAACCAAGCUAGUAACAUGAGCGCCAGUGAACCAGAUCUAACUGAACAGGGCGCUGCUCGACUUCUGGAGUCGUUACGCAUGGGUCGCAUGUCAAGUGGAUCAAGAAAUAAUUCAAACCAACAACGUUCUAAUCGCAGCAACCACCCCAGCUCCCUGUUCCCUAGCCUGGUGCGCCUGGCUCUGUCGAGCAACUUCCCGGGCGGGCUGCUGUCGGCCGCACAGAGCUACCCGUCUCUGGCGCCCAACGCACAGAACGCGCUCACCCUGUCUCUCACAUCCACCUCUAGCGAGAGUGAACAGGUGUCACUGGAUGACUUCCUGGAGUCGUGUCGCGCUCCCACGCUGUUGACGGAGCUGGAGGACGAUGAUGAUGGCGAUGAUGACAGUGACAAGGAGAACGAAUCAUACCAGGAGGUGUCCCGUAACUUGCUGUCGCUGAUGGAGGAGGAGGCCCUGGAGGCGGUGACCGCGGCCGGCGGGCGAGGCCGCGGCGCCUGGCUGGCGGCGGGCGGCGCGUGGCGCGGGCGCCGGCCCUGGGACGACGACUUCGUGCUCAAGCGGCAGUUCUCGGCGCUCAUACCGGCCUUCGACCCGCGCCCGGGCCGCACCAACCUCAACCAGACUGUUGAUCUCGAUAUACCGUUGACCGAAGAUUCCGAUGUAGAGGAAUCACAGGAACCUACGCCAAGCAGCAGUGUCGUCACAGUGACGGGAACGAAUAGCGCCGCUCCCGCGGCGACCGCGAGCCGUCUUCCUGCCCUCAAGCUGGUGCUCAGCAACGGCAGCGUGUCGCUGCCCCUGGAGAGGCCUUCGUGGACGAUAUACCGAGCUAUACUGGCUCUCAAUGCGAAGAUGCCAGUCACAGAAGCCCACAGAGAUACUACCUACACGUUGACAUACAAAGAAAUGGAAGGGAUUGAUACCUUUGCGUCUUCGAGUGAUAGUGAAGAUGACGAACCUGGUGAUCCAGCGGAGCGCGGCGUGGUCGGCGCGGGCGAGGCAGUGUCGUGCUGCGUGCGCGUGCUGCGGCGGCUGCGGGCCGCGGCGCCCGCGCUGCCGCCCGCGUCCUUCCACUCGGCGCAGCUCACGCACAAGCUGCACCACCAGCUGCAGGAGCCGCUCACACUGGCCGCGCACGCGGCGCCCGCCUGGUGUCAGCAGCUGAACGAUUGGUGUCCGUUCUUAUUCCCGCUGGAGACUCGGCAGAUGUUCUUCGCGUGCACAGCCUUCGGCACGUCGCGUACCAUCGUGUGGCUCCAGGCGCAGCGCGACAGGGCUAUCGAGAGACAGAGGGCUGGCAAUGCAGUUUCCAUGCGCCGAGCAGAGCUAGAAGCUACAGAAUUUCGUAUGGGUCGUCUUAGACAUGAGCGAGUUAGGAUACCGAGGGAUCCCAACCUGUUGCGCUCCGCUAUGCAGGUAAUGCGAGUACAUGCUGCACGAAAAUCUGUGCUGGAAGUGGAGUUCGCCGGUGAGGAGGGCACCGGGCUCGGUCCGACGCUGGAGUUCUACGCGUUGGUGGCGGCAGAGCUUCAGCGCGCUGACCUGCAGAUGUGGCUCAACGACGGCAAUGCACAGGACUUGGACACCGCGCCGCAUCACCUCAUGUUGCCGGACGAGAAACCAGUCGGCUACUACGUAACACGCUCCGGUGGAUUGUUUCCGGCUCCCCAACUACAAGACUCUCUUAUCUGUGAUAAAGUUUGCAAAUAUUUCUGGUUCCUAGGAGUAUUCUUAGCUAAGGUUUUACAAGAUGGACGGCUAGUAGAUUUACCCCUGUCCGAGCCUUUCUUACGCAUCAUGUGCGGCGAGCAACUCACGGUCGAACAUUUAGAAGAAGUCGACCCCAUCAGGCAUAGGUUCCUCACGAGCGUGCUGGCUGCCGCGGACCAGUACGACGCAAUCAUGAGCGACGCGUCCCUGUCGGAGGCCGAGCGCGAACGACGCGCGGCCGACGUGCGGGUGGAGGGCGCCACCUUCGACGAGCUGGCGCUCAGCAUGAGCCACGUGGGCGACACGGUGCAGCCGCUGUGUGACGACGGCGAGCACAUCGAGGUGGGCGCGCACAACGCCCGCCGCUACGCCGAGCUGAGCGGCCGCUGGUUGGUGGAGGCGGGCGUGCGGCGCCAGAGCGCGGCCUUCCGGCGCGGGUUCAGCGGCGUGUUCCCGCCGCGGCGGCUGCGGGCCUUCUCGCCGCCCGAGCUGCGGCUGCUGCUGUGUGGCGAGCGCGGCCCCGACUGGACGCGCGACCACCUGCUGCAGUACACCGAGCCCAAGCUGGGGUACACCAGAGAGAGCCCCGGUUUUCUGCGGCUCGUGGACGUGCUGGUGGAGAUGUCGGGUCGCGAGAGGAAGGCCUUCCUGCAGUUCACGACAGGUUGUAGCAGCCUGCCGCCUGGAGGCCUGGCCAACUUGCAUCCCCGACUCACUGUCGUCAGAAAGGUGGACGCCGGUGAUGGGUCGUACCCGUCAGUCAACACGUGCGUGCAUUAUCUGAAACUUCCGGAGUACUCGUGCAAGGAGGUUCUACGAGAGAGGCUCUUAGCCGCCACCAACGAGCGCGGCUUUCAUCUCAAUUAGAUUUAUCUUAGCCUGUAUGUAUCAUAUCUUUUCACACUUUGUUUAUAUAACUCUGAUCAAUCGGCCUCACAUAUUAGGGCCAAGUAUUACUAGGCUCGUCAAAUUACAACACGACAUACGAUACGACACUAUAGUGAUAUAAUUCAGUGUUAAUACCAUGAAAUAAACUUGAUAUAUUCGCCUAAAAAAAGCUAUUAAAAAUGUGAAAAUGUAUAAGAUAAACAAUGUGGCUAUCUAAUAAAAUGCUCUAUCAUAUUGUGUAAUCUGUAGUUAUUAGAGUUUUAUUUAAAUUGUCUAAGUUGGAGGUAUUUGAUUUUAUUUGUUCUCUUCAGUUGUAUUACAAGUGAUACGUGACUGAAAGAGAUGGAAUUAUUCUUAUUGAUUGAAAAUAAAAAUACAGAGAAUUGUAGCUUUUAUAAUAUUCAAACAAGUUUAUUGGAUUGUAUACCAUUGUUCCAAUUGUUCAUGAUAAUUAUCUAUAUUCCAAAUCGCAGCUUCAUUUGCUCAGUUGGUAAUUCUUAUCAUUUAUGAAUAAUAUCUUGUCACAGAAAAAGGAAAGAAAGAAAGCACAGGCAGAAAUUUUGAAGAAAUAUAAGUUAUGAUGAUAUAUUGAUAUAUUGGAGAAAUAUUAAUUUACUGCUAUAAUAACUUGUAAUUUUUAUCACUUUUAUGUCAGUUUUGUAAUGCCAGAAUGGAAAUCAAAUGAAUUUAAUUUAUUUAACAAACACUUAUUGCACUUUUGAACUUAAUACUGUGGCGUUUUCAUUCCGAUGCCAUAAUUAGAAGAAUGAAACAAUUUUUUACAAUUGUAUCAUAAUUUCACAAAGUUGUAUGGUUAUUGUUUAAAUAUUUAAUGCCCCUGAACUGAUAACUAUUCAUGCCAGGCAAUUUAUAAAAUAUACGUCAGUUUUACGAUUACGACUAGGCCGCUAAUCAAAAUAUAUGGCUAUUGUGUGAAUUUAAAACAUAAUAAUUUAAAAUAAAAUAUAAUUAAAUUUGUACUCGUGCAAGAUUUUGUUUACGUUAUAUGACGUGAAAACUGACUGAAAAUGAGGUCUAUGAUUUACUGUUAAUUAACACAUAGAUAACUUUGAAAGUGAUAAAUAAUUAUUAAUGAUGGAAGAAAUAAAUUGAUGAAUCGUGCAAUCUAGCUGUCUUAGGCACUGUUAGUAAAAAUAACUUGGUUCAGUAAAUAAUCGGCUUAUGUACCUAGUAAACUACAUUACUUCAUUCUUAUGUCAAUCUUUGAAAAACUUCAAUAAGGUUCUAGUGUAAAUUUAAAAUAGUAGGUACUUCUAUUGUUUGAUUCUAUCUUUGACAAAUUAAUUUAUUAUAUUUUGAUCCGUAGGAUUUUCCUUUCUAUCCCGCGUGUUACUAAGUUAAAUUUCUGCAACAAAAUCUUUAUAUACUAUUAAUAAAAUAGCAUCCAUCAUAACUGAACUUUUUGUUAUCCUUAACGUCGGAAAUCUUCGUUAAGGUAAAUUUCUUGUAAUUGAACUGUUUAGUAAGAAAGCAGAAACAUUAUGUAAUUGGCAAGUGCUCUGUGCGAUGCAAUGUGAACAAUAUAAACACGACUGAAAAAUGAAUAUUGAGUAGAAGUAUCCGGUGUCUAACACUGUUGUAAAAUGUUUAGCAGUAUGUUCCUUUAGUUAAUUGAUUUCAUCAACUUAAAGUUGUUCUUGUGAUUCUUUAAAAUAUAUAGUAUGAUAUAGUAUAUUUAGUUUGAAAUGUAUCAUUAAGUAUUUAGCAUGUUAACAAAUUAGAUUUUUUUUAGAAUGUAUUCUGUAUGUGUUGUUGAGUCUAAUAUCAAUAAAAUAAUAAGGAAAAUGUCAA